AUGGCUACCGCUAUCGGUGUCGUCGGAAGCGUCAUCACCAUCUUCUCUUUCCUCAAGGACAUGUUCCCCGAGCCUGACAAUCCGAGCGCCAAGUUCGCCUUCAAGAUCGGCCUUGACGGAGCUGGUGAUCCGCCCCUGAGCAACGCCGGCGGGAACAUCCCCGACGUCCGCUGCUGGAACGAGCAGGGCGGGUUCCUCGGCAUCACCACCAACGACAACAACAAGUGUGAGAACGGCGCCGACCUCUGCGAGACUAGCGUCUCGGAUGUUGUCCAGCAGCCCACUUACACCCUCUUCACCGGCAACGACGAUGCCAUUUGCAUUUCCUGGGCUUCCGUGACCUUUCCGGGUGGCCAGAACUACGCCAACACGAUCGGCAACUGGGCUCAGAGUUGUGACGAAGCCUACGGAAGAGGUGGUAACUGGUACUACUCGGAUAUCUACGUCCCCACGGAGGACGGCCCUGACGAGACCGUCUUCUGCGCCUGGGUCGACAAGAACGGAGACGUCGACACCACCGGUAUCCAGGUCCACUGGCCUGAAUACUCCAAGGACUCCGGCACCAAGGACCUCGACUACUACUGCAACAACGACCCCGUACUGAGAUUCACCGAGGAUCCCGACCCCUCCGACGUUAUUUUCUGGACCCGCAAGCGUGACCUCUUCAGCCAGCAGCCCUCCACCUCGUUCGCCCGCUCCGAGGAGCGCCGCGCCGUCGACAAACAGCACGCUCGCCUCGCCCGACGCUUCGAAAAGGACACGCGCCUGGUCAAGAGCAAAGAGGCAAAGCACACGGCCUCGGGCCUCUGUGGGGCCGGAAGGUCGGUCGGCCCCAGCUUCGUGUCUCUCGAGGAGCGCAAGUUCUGCUACAUGCCCACCAAGACGGUCUAUCCCUUCUGCGAGGACGUUGAGGGCGGUGCGUGCUGGUCGGAGGAGGAGGACAAGGUCAUCGCCAAGGGCUCGACUGGUAGAGUUGCCGCUGUCCCUGACAUGAAAUUCGACAAGGUCCUGAGCUGGGGUGAGAAAUAG